AUGAGCAAGAGAAGGAAAUACCAACCGGUCGAAUCCUCGUUCGAGCAAAUAGAUUCCGACUCUGAUGACAGCAUCAUUGUUCUGAAAUCACCUUCUCAGUCGCCACCACGACCACCGCCAUCUUCAGUCCAGUGGAUCGACAAAUAUGCCCCCAUUUCAACAUCAGACAUCUGCAUCAACCCAACCAAACUAACCCAGGUAAGAAAUGCAUUGACUUCUAUGAUUAACCACACCCUGACCUCACGCGUUCUUGUGCUUUCCGGUCCUUCAGGAUGUUCCAAGUCCACCACGGCGAAAUUACUAGCAAAGGAGUUGAUUGACUCGUCUGAUUGUCUCGUGGAAUACAACGAAACUUUCGAUAUUGAGGAUUUCUUGAGUAAUUGUCGCUACAGAAUUGGUCCCAACCUAGCCGUAGUAUUGAUUGAAGAAUUACCCAAUGUGUUUCAUGCACCUACAUUAGAGAAAUUCCGAAACUCACUCCAACAGUGGAUCAGUUAUGACGGGGAGUUGCCUCCGCUCGUCAUAUGUCUUACCGAGAUUGAAUAUGGGGAAGGUGAAUCGUGGUAUAACAUUGAAAAUACAUUGACAGUAGACACGGUGUUCGGAAGGCUGUUGGCUUCUCAAAUGAACAUCAUCAAGUUCAAUCCUCUUGCCGUGAGGUUUCUUAACAAGACAAUAUCGAAUAUCGUCAAGAAUGAACCGGUGUUUAACAAGAUAAACAAGGUCAAGUUGAAGCUGGUCCUUGAUCAGAUGUACAAAGUCGGUGAUAUCCGUCUGAUUAUUUCAAAUUUACAACUAUGGACGAUAUUGAAUAGUGACACGGUAUGUCUUCGUGAAAAUCAAAUAAAUCUCUUUCAUGCAAUUGGAAAGAUCUUGUAUUCAAGCUCGGAAUUCACCCAUAUGAACAAGGAAGACGUGGACCACCACUCCAUUGAUCAAGUUCUCUCCCAGUUUCAGGACAAUCUACCGUUGGUUAAUCUUGGAUUAUUGGAAAACUAUCACAUUUUAAACACAUCUCAAUUCCCCGUCCAACUUGCGGCAGAUAUAACUAACGACUUGAGCAUAUCUGAUAUCGGUGUGACUGACAUAGGUAUACGGUCUGCCCGCGUGAAUCUAAGAAAGCUCACGUCCACUAAACGACAGGACCAAAUUAGGUUUCCCAAGCAGUUUAAAAUGGCCAGGCUAGCACGAAUCACCGCGGGACAAGUGCGCGAUUACCAGAGGUACAUUACACCUAGAAGCUCCUUUAAUGAUUUGAAUAUGAUUGACGGAUAUUUUCUUCCCAUGAUAUACAACCGACGGUAUAAACAGAGGUAUAGCUAUAAUAGGCUAGGCGGCAAGUUUAAAAAGAUUUAUGAUGAUGAAGUAGAAGACGAGCGGGUGGAUUACGAUCAAUUUCAAGACGAGAUCAAACGGAAAAAGUUGGAAGAUGUGGAACUAGAUAGCGAGGGAGAGCUAAGUGAUCCGAUACUGGAAAGCGACAUGGAAACUGAUGCUGAUAGCGAGGAUGGAUUUCUGUCGGAUCCUGAAUUGGAUCUACUUAUAUCUCAAGGGAGAAUAUAG